AGUGCACACAUAUAAAUAUCAACCGAGACAGUUUUCACCAUCCGUCCAACGAAGGAGACAGGUAUACAGGUGAAGCGCCUAUAACAUAACAACAACAGAGAUGCAUCAGUUGUUAGCGUCCUGUCUGGUGUCAGUCCUGGCGGCCACCAGCCAGGCCCAGUGGGACCCACACGUCAUCAACGGCCAGGUCAUCGUCCACCUGUUUGAGUGGCGUUGGUCAGAUAUUGCCGCCGAGUGUGAGAACUUCUUGGGACCGCGAGGCUACGGCGGUGUACAGGUGUCUCCAGUCAACGAGAACGUGGUCGUGUUCCAGGAAGAGAAAAGCAGACCGUGGUGGGAGCGCUACCAGCCUGUCUCCUACAAAGUUUUCACCCGCUCAGGCGAUGAAGACGCCUUUAAGGACAUGGUGAACCGCUGUAAUAAAGUCGGUGUAAGGAUCUACGUUGAUGCCGUGAUCAACCACAUGACUGGGUGGUGGCCCGAGGGCACUGGUGCUACCGGGGGCACCUCCUUCGACGCGGGGUCAGAGUCCUACCCGGGGGUCUCUUAUUCUGGCUUUGAUUUCAACGAUGCCAACUGUCACACCGCCUCAGGCAACAUUGAAAACUACGGGGAUGCUAUUCAGGUGCGUAACUGUAAGUUGGUGGGGUUGAACGACCUCAACCAGGGCAAAGACUACGUCCGCAGCAAGAUCAGGGACUAUCUCAACAAGCUACUAAGCUGGGGCGUGGCUGGCUUUCGCAUCGACGCAAGCAAACACAUGUGGCCUGAGGACAUGAAGCUAAUCUUCAACAACCUCAGCGACCUAAAUACAGAGUACUACGGGCCUGGAGAGAGACCCUUCAUCUACCAGGAGGUCAUUGAUCAAGGUGAGUGUACAGUAAUGAUGCUCAUUGUGAUUCUAAUUUAUAUAUCAAUCAACCAAAGUACCGUCCUCGUAUCUGAGGAAACCUGCCCAAAACUACUCAACUUCCUCGUCCUUAAAGAGUUUUUUAACUCUGAAGGAAUCGAGGGAAUCAUCAAGGUGGAGCGCCUUAAGGUGAACGGUGACCUAAAAAUCACCAUCGCCAAAUAUGGCCAAUUCCUUCAACUGCCACAAUUCACCGACAUCAACGGUGGAAAGGAUUGUCCACCAGGGGGACAACUUGAAGCUGUGAAUGAACUCCCACCCUGA